GAAAACCCCUCUUUUGAUCUGAAAAAAUUCUCCACAGUAGUAGAAAGAUAAAAAGAGAAGGAAAGAAGGAAGCAAAAGAUUCAUCAAUGGAAGGUGAAGAAGGAGUGCAGCAACCGCAGCUCGUGUUAGCCAACAAGCUAUUCCUCCUCACUCAAAACGACGUCGAUGACAUCGAAAAGGUCCGCCUCCGCGACGAGGUUUUCAACUUCAUCAUCACUAACGAUAUGGCUCCGUUGUACGAAACCUUAGUUGCGAGUAAAGUUUUGAAUUUGGAUCAGACGGCGCUCGACGCGAUGCGUGCGAAGAAUGACGACGAGUUGAAGAAGCUCGAAGAGAAGAUUGCUGAUGCCGAAGAAAACUUGGGUGAAAGUGAAGUUAGGGAAGCUCACUUGGCUAAAUCCUUAUUUUACGUUCGAAUUGGUGACAAGGAGAAGGCACUGGAACAGCUCAAGGUAACAGAGAGCAAAACUGUCGCAGUCGGACAAAAGAUGGAUUUGGUGUUCUACACUCUCUUGAUAGGUUUCUUCCACUUGGACUUUGACCUUAUCGACAAAAGCAUUGACAAAGCAAAGAAAUUGUUCGAAGAGGGUGGUGACUGGGAGAGGAAGAACCGUCUGAAGGUGUACGAGGGCUUAUAUUGCAUGUCUACACGUAACUUCAAGAAAGCAGCUGAUCUCUUUCUUGAUUCUAUUUCCACUUUCACAACAUACGAGCUCUUCCCCUACGACACCUUUAUCUUUUACACUGUCGUUACGAGCAUCAUAUCCUUGGAUAGAGUGUCACUCAAACAAAAGGUGGUGGAUGCCCCAGAGAUAUUGACUGUCAUUGGCAAAAUCCCCUACUUAUCAGACUUCAUGAACUCCCUAUACGAUUGCCAGUACAAGUCGUUUUUUACCGCUUUUGCUGGCUUGACUGAGCACAUUAAGCUGGACCGCUAUUUGCACCCACACUUCCGCUACUACAUGAGGGAGAUUAGAACUGUCGUUUAUGCCCAGUUCUUGGAAUCCUACAAGAGCGUUACCAUUGAAGCUAUGGCUAAAGCUUUUGGCGUGACAGUCGAUUUCAUUGAUCUGGAGCUUUCUCGUUUUAUCGCAGCGGGGAAGUUGCAUUGCAAGAUAGACAAAGUUGCAGGGGUAUUAGAAACAAACCGACCUGAUGCAAAGAACGCCCUUUACCAGUCAACCAUCAAGCAAGGUGAUUUCUUGUUGAACCGCAUUCAGAAGCUGUCUCGUGUUAUUGAUCUUUGAAUUAGGUCAAUGAUAUUUUGUUCUUAAAAAACGAGAACGGCGUUAAAAGAAGCUAUGGACUGAUUUGCUCAUGUGUUGCUCUUUAAGUGCAUGUAUUUUCUUGUACCCGACUUUGAAUUUUUUCUUUAAAGAAAUUCCGAUUUGCUUGGACACAGAAAUUUCAUUUUACGACAAUGAGUGUAGGCUGAAGUUAUUUUAUUGGUAUUCGUAAUAUCUUCUGAUGUAUCUUUUUCGGCUU